CAGGGGGGAGUUUAGAGUACAACACCUGUUAAUACGGGAGUGUUGGCAACCCUAGUGAUGGUACACAUCGUGUUUAGUAAUGCUGACCUCUGAGAGAAGUUACAGCAUGCUGCAUAUGGAGAUGGCACAGACACUGAGUUCUGCUCCUCAGAGUAAGGCUGCUAAAGAAGAUUUAGUCAAGGUUGUGGUAUCAUCCCCAAAGAAGCUGGCCUCUCUAGAGGUACAGUGCAUUGCCAGGGUCCUGGACGAAUGCAUCCAGAAAGUGUACAUUGUGUUGCAGCUUCCCAGCCUGCUGGUCAGUCUUGAGGGGGUGUUUAUAGAUUUGGGGGAGGAGUUGGUAGAAGCUCUGAAGGAGCAUCAGCAAAUUGAAGACACUCUAGAUGCACAGCAUCUGAAGUACCUGGAGAUGGAGACAGAGGAGAGGCAAGCUGAGAUGGACAGGCUGGAGCAGGGGGUGAGGAGUUCACUCAAGAAUAUUCUCCAGCUUCUGUUUGCCAACCCAGCAGCUAUGCAGAUGUUGCAAAACAGAACUGUUUCCAUGGCGUCUCAUCAGCUGGUCCAGGGGCUGAAGAAAUUACAUGACCUUCUAUUGGAAAAACUGCUUAUAGGCCCAGGGGAGGAGUGGGAGAGGAACCAAAAUUUCAAGGAAGUAGCACAACAGCACAGAAGCAGCAUGGAGCUGGUCUCCUUGCUGGAAGCAGAGGUGACCACUGCAGUUCAAGAUCGGGAUGCUGAGAUUUCAAAUAAGAAUGAGAUCAUCUACAACUUGAAAACCUCCUUGUACCACAUGAAGAAGAGUAUGUUAGACUUUGUGACACAUACUCAAAAUGAUGCAGAGAAACAGAGCCAGUCAGACAGGAAGAUAUCAGAAGGGCGAUGCGUACAGCUACAGCAGGAGGUUAACCAGCUGCACAUACAGCUGAGCAACCUGAUUGCAGAAAACCGCGGAUAUGAGACAGUCCUCAGAAAGAGGGUGUACAAGAUUGAAAGUGAAACUGAA